AAUCAGGACACACUUCAGGACAAGUUUAAGUACAUUGAAACGAGCAUGAACUGGACUACUGCUCAAAUUUACUGCAGCAAAAACUACGUAGACCUGGCAGUCAUUACAGACGACACAGAGAACACAUUCCUCGCAACAAUACUUUCUGACAAGGGCCACAACGAUUCUUGGAUCGGCCUGUACAAGAUCCCAUGGCUGUGGUUGGAUAAGAGAAGUGUAUCGUGGUCCUCUGUAAAAUGGGAGUCUGGACAGCCUGAUAACGUGAAGGGAAACGAGAAUUGUGCGAGAGCCAAUACUGAAGGACUGAUGGCUGAUGACACCUGCUCGACUCGACUGCCUUUCUACUGCCGCGAAAACAGGAAAAUAAAGCGUGUGAGAUUCACAGUCAAAUCAGACGGACAUCUGGAUGAAUCCGCAGUGAUGGAGGCCAUAGAGAAGAAGAUGAAGCAGAUCCUCUCAGAUCAGCACAUGAAAAUCAGAUCCAGCAUAACAUGGAGCAUCCAACCUGACGGGAAGAUCUUCCAGCAGCAGAAAACACUCAAAAGAAGAGGUGUUAGAUCCAGUGAAACACUAGUCUCUGAUACAUGCGAUAACUUGUCCAAACAUUUAUGAAUCUUUAAGUGGAUAUUUGUCUUCAUGAGUAAGAGAUCAGAGAAUGUCUCGAUUUCAAGGAUGAUGUAGUGAAGCAGUUAUUUUCCAUUGCUGUGGUUUGUGCUAUAAUAACACUUGUUGGAUUCAGAUGAAGUCUGAGCACUGAAACGUGCAACUAUGAUUAUUCAAUAAACUCAUUUUGCUCAUUUUAUCACCACUUUGUCUCCUGCUUCUGCUCUUCUCUGGCUUUCUCAGUCAACCUUUUGGCUGACAGAAGACUGUUAAAACUGUUUU